AUUACACGUUGAAUUUCUUAAAAUACUUCUAUUUUCUGACAGAGAAUUGCUGUCUGAAAUUGCAAAAUAUUACUGAGAAACAUUUAAAUCACAUUUAAUCCACUCCUGAAUUUAAAUGUUAAUCUUAUCAGGCUUUUAUAGUUAAGAGUUUAGUUCAUUGCGUCGUACGAUUUCUCUCAUGCUUGUCUAACGAUUAUCGGCACAGUUCUUUACUGGGUAGUCAGUUGUGUCAUUUUCCUGGCUUUUUCGGCUCCUGAAAAAUGGGUGCCUCCAAUUCCGCGACGCGCUCUUACUCAGUGGAGCCCGACGACCCCAAAACGGACGCCUCCAUGGACGUCGUGGCGGUCACGGACGACGUGGUGAAGCGCCUGAUGGGAUAUGAGCGAGAAGCUGCCCAGGAACCAGAGAUCCCAGCUCCAGUGCCCCCACCGAAAAUCCGCCCCGUGGUGCCUCCAGUUCCCUCUCCUAGUCAAGACCGCGCGCUGGAGGAUCAGCUGAGGAAGUUACACGAGACUAUCGAGCGAUCUGAGGAGGACUUCAGACGCACUUACGACACUAUCCGGAAUCGAGUGGACUCUGACCAGGCAGCGCCUCAGCGCACGGACGCCUGCUCUCACCUGGCGGACACUGUGGUCUCGUGCUACCGCGACAACAGCGAUAACCCCCUGAAGUGCCGCAGUCACGUCGUGGCGUUCCGGGAGUGCGUUCUGGAGUCGCUGGCGACCGCCAAACCGGCCAAAUAGACUUCGAGAGGCUUGUAAAUAGAUUGUUGGCUGAUAAAUAAUUAGUUACCUGAACAC